GUCCGAUACGUAAAGGCAAUAACGAUGCUUUGCCCCGCCUUAGUCUGCACGAUCAGUCGGAGUCCUUUCGCCGUUGCUCUUUUAUCGAUUAUUUCUACCAACCCUAGCAUACCUUGCAGUCCUUGACACGCAGGCGCGUGUUCGAUAGGCUAUUACUCCCACUCGCUCGUUCUGCGCCACAACGCGCGUGACCCUCAUUGCAACCCUGAUCAAUCACCCACGAACCGCUUUAGACCGCACACGCGUUUUGGAACACCCAAGCUUAUCAUGGCUCUCGGCCUUACUACCCUCUUGAAGAUGCCGUCUACCAUACGCCUGGCCUUCCUAACCCUCCUACCGUUUGCGACCGUUGCAACAGCUACGUCCACUACAACAGCCAACUCCAUGCCCUCCGCAACCGACUCAGCCCCAGGCUCACAGACCAGCAAUGCUGGCAACUUCGACAAUACCUCCCUUGCGAAUUACUACUUCGUCUUCUUAGCCCUUAUCAUUUGCAUUGCCGGCCUGGGUGGCUUCCUAGUCUGGCGGCGGCGGAGGCGAAGGUUCAAUGCCAUGAUGCAAGGGUAUAAUUCGAGAGGAGCGGUUACAAUGCCAGGACUGGGUCUCCACGACCGGACCAUGGCCGCUGGAUACUUUCGGCAUCGGUGGAGGAGUCAAAGUGAGGAGAAUGUGGGAAGAGAUGAAGGGUUGAAUGAAUUUGGGGAGGCGCCACCGGCUUAUGCACCGCCCAAGACGAGAGGGGAGCAAGAAAGGGAGGCUAUUGCACGCGACCGAGGAGUAUGCGAACCCGCGGCGCCGGCGCAGACGCUCUCGCGGGAGCAGGCAGGGCUCAAGCCACCUGAGUAUACAGCCGCGCAUGCCACGCCGGUGAGCAUUCCCGCAAGACGUUCAGAUGUAAGUGGAGAGGGCAGCUCGAGAGACCCACAUGUCGAGACAUGAGAACGAGAGGCGUGUAAUGAUUGUCACAAGAGCAGUCGCAUAUCCGUCUCCCAUACUGCUCUUUUGCGCGACUGAUGGAGCACUCACGUCUGCAGUAGGACACCAGUAUGGUUCGCCAUGGUAAGAUUCAUGAUGGCGACGCAGCUAUCUGUUCUAGAUUGCAGCCUGUACUGCACUCGCGUGCUCGAAGCGUAGGCAAUUGAGGUCGUGCCCAUCUAUCACCAUCAAACGUCCACCAACCCUUCACCCUGCGCUUCCUCACCUUUGUUCGCCUAACCCAUUGCCGCCAUCCUGCUCCGCCACGGAGUCCCUACGCUUGUUCUCGUUCGGGUCAAGGGUGACUAUACGGAGCUCGUCGAAGCUGUGGCCUACCCACUCCCACCCCAGAAAUGCCCGCCACAGAAUCUCCUCGCCGCUUUCCGCCUUCGCCCUCAGCAGGUCCGCCCGAUU